UUCUUCCGACAUACUUUUUGGAACUUUUUUUGAUUCAUAAUCAUGGCUCGGAGACGAUUGGACAGUCGUAGUGGACCUACGGGACUCCUUGGAGAAAUUCAGACCCAGAUAAGCACGGACGUUUUGGAAAACCAUUUUGACAUAACGGGCGAACUCGGAAGAGGCAAAUUCGCAGUGGUGAAGAGAUGCGCGGAGAAAGCCACGGGGAAGGUGUUUGCGGCGAAGUACCUGAAAAAACGCCGGCGGGGUCGCGACUGCCGAGCGGAGAUCAUUCACGAGAUGGCGGUCCUGGAAGCGGCGCGGAACAACCCCCGCGUGGUCAAUUUGCACGCCGCCUACGAGACGGACCACGACAUCAUACUCCUACUGGAAUAUGCGGCAGGCGGUGAGAUCUUUGACCACUGUGUGUCUGAGGAGCUUUUGCCUGAGGCCCAGGUCACUCGUCUGAUCAGGCAGACUCUGGAAGGUGUCCACCUCCUACACCAGAGUGGUGUGGUUCACCUGGACCUGAAGCCCCAGAACAUCCUGUUGACCACACUCUCUCCUCUGGGAGACAUUAAGAUCGUGGACUUUGGCCUGGCACGUCGACUUGGCGCCGUGGGCGAGCUCAGAGAGAUCCUGGGCACACCGGAGUACGUGGCACCAGAGAUAUUGAACUAUGAGCCCAUCACCACGGCGACAGACCUGUGGAGUGUUGGAGUCAUUGCCUACAUGCUGGUGACAGGAGAGUCUCCGUUUGCGGGAGAGGACAAACAGGAGACUUUCCUGAACGUGUCUCAGGUUAACGUGGACUACAGCAGCGAAGCCUUCUCCAGAGUCUCAGAGCUAGCUGUCGACUUCAUCCGGAAGCUUCUGGUCAAAGCACCAGAGGACCGCCCCAGUGCUGCGGACUGCAUGACACACCCCUGGCUGUGGCCGCCAUGCCCAGGUCUGGAGCCCACACUCCCCGUGCCGCGAACCCUCAGGGAGAGGAGCAGCGGAGGCAAGUGGGCCAUGCCUCCCGAAGACACGGAGGACAAGGAGAACCUUCACGACUCCCCCCAUGCCAAGAGGUUCCGCUUCGAUGAAGACGCGCCCGUUUUCACAGAGGGCGACCUUUGAUCGAUGGAAAGGAAACCGCGCUCUUUCUCUCUCCCUCUUUUCUUGUUUUCGUUCUCUGCACCAAUAGUAUCCGUCCUUCUCAUGACAGAGUGAGGGUGCUAUAGUCUCUGUGAAAUUCUCCAGCCAGCACCAAAGAUUUAAACACAUCUCAAAGGCUGGAGCUAAC